AUGAAUGUGAAUGGAACAAUUGAGAACAUCAAGAGGGCAUUUUGGACAUUGACACCUAGCCAAAAAGUGGUCUCUCCAAGUCCGGAAGACAUCGAUGCAAGAACAAUUCCAAAUAAGACCAAAGGAACCUUCUCAGAAAAAGACACUGUCACCAUACCAACAAAACUCAAGCCUACAAGCAUGCAGAUUCGUAGAUGGUACGGAAUCAAGUGGAUGAAAAAAGGUGAAGCAAGUUUCAGAAGAAAGGACGGUAACACGUCAGCCAUCAGCACUGUUGCCUUUGGUAUCAAUGGACCCACCAAGUCCACUGCUGCAGAUAGUAUCACCACAUACAGCACAUUAUUGACCAAUCCGAACAGCCAGAAAGAAAUGAAAAUUCGGUUUGACAUGGAAAUCGAGAUAAGAGUUGAAAAAGAACUGAAAGAUAAACAGAGGAGCACCGGCAGUCUUUGGUUCUGGAGCAUCGACAAUAGCACACUCAGUAGUGGCCAGAAGGGAAGCAACACCAGAAGCAUCCACCAAUCCGCUCUUGACAACCUUGAAAGGAUCAAUGAUACCGGCCUGGAUCAUAUCGACAAACUCUCCCUUAGAACUGUCGUAACCAAAGUUGAAUUGGUCGGCAUACUUGUCCAAGAUUUUACCAACAACAACAGAUCCCUCUUCACCAGCAUUGUCAACAAUUCUCUUGGCUGGUUUGGCAAUAGCAGCCUUGAUGAUUUGCACACCAAGCUUUUGGUCGAAGUUGGAGGUCUCGACCUUGUCCAAAACCUCAGAAGCCUUCAAAAGAGCGGUUCCUCCACCUGGAAGAAUACCCUCCUGGACAGCAGCACGAGUUGCGCAAAGAGCGUCAUCGUAUCUGUCCUUCUUCUCACCGACUUCAACUUCCGAAGAACCACCGACUCUGAUGACGGCAACACCACCAGAGAGCUUAGCAAGUCUCUCGUGCAGCUUCUCCUUCUCGUAGUCAGAGGUGGCAGCAUCCUCAAUGGCACCCUUGAUCUGGUCACAUCUUUGCAAGAUGUUGCUCUUCUCACCGGCACCGUUCAAAAUGACGGUAUCCUCUUUGGUGACAGUGAUGGAACCACAUUGACCCAAGAGCUCAGGGGUGGCAUUCUCCGGCUUGAUGUCCAAUUCCUCGGUGAAAACAGUACCACCAGACAAAAUGGCAAUGUCACCGAGAAUGUUCUUUCUAUUGUCUCCAAAGCCAGGAGCCUUAACGCAGGCAACUUGAACCUGGCCCCUCAGCUUGUUCAAGAUACAUGCAGCCAAUGCUUCACCGUCAAUAUCCUCGGCAAUAAUGAGCAAUGGUCUUCUCAACUUGUUGGAGAUUUCCAAACUUGGAAGGAUGUCUUGGAUAGAAGACAACUUCUUCUCAGAAAGCAGCAAGAGUGGGUUUUCAAAUUCAACCUUUCCGCUCUUUGCCUCGGUAAUGAAGUAAGGAGAGAUGUAACCUCUGUCGAAUCUCAUACCCUCGGUAACCUCAAGCUCAUCUUCGAGAGUCUUACCUUCCUUGAUGGUGAUAACACCCUCCUUUCCGACUUUCUCCAUGGCAGAAGCCAAGAGUUGACCAAUGUGAGUAUCACCAUUGGCGGAAAUAGUGGCAACCUGAGCGAUCUCAGACGAGGUAGUGAUUUCCUUCUUGUUUUGUUGCAAGAACUCAAUCACGGCUUCGACGGCAGCCUGGGAACCUCUUCUGAGGUCCAUUGGGUUACAGCCGGCAGCAACGUUCUUGACAGACUCCGAGAAAAUUGCUCUACCCAAGAUGGUAGCGGAAGUGGUACCGUCACCGGCACUCUCGUUCGUCUUGGAGGCAACGUCUUGCAAAAGCUUGGCACCAAGGUUCUCAAACUUGUCCUCAAGAGCAACACUCUUGGCGACAGUCACACCAUCCUUGGUGAUCUUUGGAGCGCCGAAUGGCUGCUCAAUCAAAACAUUACGGCCCUUAGGACCAAGGGUGACAGCAACGGCGUCAGCGAGGGUCUCCACACCUUUCAAAAGUGCAGCUCUACCUUCGACACCAAAUUUAAGCUCCUUAUGAGCAUAAGUACGAGUCAAAGAAGCAAGAUUCUUCUUGAUCUGAGGACGAGCAAAUCUAAGCAUUGGUAA